UGAAGCGAAGGCUCGUCUUCUUAUUCUUAUUUUCGUGCGCUCCUGGGAGUUGGUUUAAUUUAAAAAAAAAAAAAAAGGAAGCAACGGGAAAUUUAAACCUGCAGCAGCAAACUGCACGGGACUGUGACGAUUUACUUCCAUCCAUUAGAAAGUCUACAGCUGAAAAUCAUGAGCCGCUGGUUGGUGCUACUGGUCAGUUUCGGGAUCGCGCUUUUGGCGUGUUCUCGCUGCGGGCAGGCGCGCGUCGGACAGAAUUCCGUCAGUACGGAGAUCCUCGGGGACAGUGACGCGCUGCCGAUAAACAGGAGCGCGUGGGAGCCGAGAGUGGACCUGACGGUCUACCAGUGCAUGAGUGACCUGGAGUGCAGAGAGGGGAACUACUGUCACACCUCCUCAAGACGUCCUGCCCACUCCCACUGCAAGACCUGCCGCAGAAGGAAGAGGCCCUGCCUCAGGGACACAAUGUGUUGCCCCACCAACCGCUGCAGCAACAAUAUUUGUGUUCCUGAUGUGGACGGCUUUGUGUCUGAGAGGAUUCCAAACACUGAUGGAGCGCUAAGCCCGCUCACCAAAAAGAAAGGCGGGAGGCAGGAAGCCAAAGGAUCCCCUGGCAGAAGUCAGGUCGGGAAUCCAUGCUUGCGCUCAUCCGACUGCUUGGACGGUCUAUGCUGCGCCCGUCACUUUUGGACUCGCAUCUGCAAGCCCGUGCUACGUGAAGGACAGGUUUGCACGCGACACCGACGCAAGGGGAACCACGGCCUGGAGCUGUUCCAGCGCUGUCCCUGUGGGGACGGACUCAUCUGCCGGACACUGCGAGAACCCGGUACCCAACUAGCUGCAGUGUCACGGUUCAACUUCUCGGCAACCUCAUCUCGCUACUCCUCAGGACUGUCUUCAGGCUCUGCAUCACCAGCCAAGGCAAGGCUUCAUGUGUGUCACCGAUCUAAAUGAAGUGGACAAACCGAAAGAAUGACUAAGGACUAGUGAGUUGCUGCUUUUGCCAAUGACUUACCUCAGAGACAGAAAAUGAAGACCUGUGGAAUGAAGGGAGGGGUGAAUAACAUAACUUGUUAAAUGCAUGACAACACCCGUGGCCCCUCCCCCACUACAUCUUACAGUGUUUCUACAUGCUAAUGCUAAUUAGCUUCCUGCCAGGCUGCACUGACAGGCAAACUCAGCAGGAAGUGAAACUCUUUGUGGUGCAGAUCUUGUUUCCUCAUUUGUGUCUAGACAAGCAGAAACCACUUUGAAAUCCAGUUUGACCCCAUUUGCACCACCACGAAAAGAACCGGUGUUUGAUCCCUAAUGCAUAUCUGCUGCAACUGCCUCCAGCACAUGUAUUCAUGUGCUGAGAUUUUGAAGAAACCUGAAAUGAAAAGGUUUUGUUUUCAUAUUCCCAAAACAAAGAUAACAUCAUUACUUCGUUACUAAAGAGGAAAAAUAGUUAUCAAACAAACCUGUAUUAGCUAAAACGUUGAAUUAAAACUAAGAAGGAAUACUGAACUCAAUCUUCAAACACUUCUCCACAAUUUCAACCUGUAAAGAAAAAAGAAAAUAAGCUUUUACAGGUGUUAAACUAGGUGAUGAUUUUCAACUGAAGCACUCAAGAGGUGCAAAUAUUACUCUAACCUAUUGGACUUCAGAGACCCAAGCGCUAAAUUUUCUGAGAAAAUACAUUUGUAGUUAUAUAAUGUUACAAUAAAAUAAUGUUCCAAAACAGUGCCUCAAAUACGUUAACCUUCUCUUCUUUUGUCAAAUCAGAGGCAUCUAAAAAAAUAAUAAUGUGCUUGAUGCUGGAGCACGAAAUUAUACCAAGAACCUCCAAAUUUAAAAUUUUCUUUAGGAAAAUUUAUAGUAAUGAUAAAAUAAGGAACCAAAAAUUCCAAAAAAAAAGACAAAAUAAUUCAAUAAAAUAAUUCAAACAGUUUUUUACACAAACACAUUUAAAAACAUCCUCAAGUUUCAGGUCUGAGGCUGUCGAGAGGAAUUACUUUCCUGUAAGUGGUGUCUGUAUAUUUUUGAGUUAAUGUUGGUGUAAAUAUGUAUCAGAUUUAAUUGGUUGUAGCACUCUGCUGAUUUUAUACCAGCAAUUAUAAAGGAAAUUGUAAUGUAACAUAAAACUAUUUGUCAAUCUAAGUUGAACAUAGUUGAACUCCUUAAGAUUUACCUUUUAAGCUAUAUGGCUGAAAGUAUGCCAUGUUGGAAAGUGUAAUGUCUGAUAACAACCCACAAGAUUUAAGCUGUCAUUUCCAAUCAUAAUCAGUUAUUUUUUCUGUUUCAUUAUUGUUGGGAUACUUGUAAGAUGCCCAUUUCUAUUGGAUUUGUUAUUGUUUAGUAGCAGUUAGCUUGUAGCAAGUGGUAGCCUAGUUAGCUAACAUCAUAAUAAAUGUAAGUUGUGACUGUGAUUGUUGUUCUUAUUUGUUUUUUGUGUAUCUAAACAACAAAAUGGGCUUAAGUAUAUUUGUUUUGUGUGUUAAUCUAAGAUGUGUUAAACUGUUGUGGCUUUGUAUAGAGCUAAUGCUGCAAUUUUGGUUAAAAGUAGCGUUUAGCAUACUUUAGACAGAAAAGCUAUCAUUAGGAGUUCUGUUCUGAACUGAGAAAAAUUAAAGUUUUUAAGUAGAAAGGAGACCAGUAAGAAGGAUCCCUAGGCUCUCUAGUCACUUGAACAAUACAAUGCAGUAAGAUUUAACUUGAGUACAUAAAACUAGUGGUUAAAUCACAUCCUUCUCAUGCUUUAAUAUCUGUUACAGAGAGCCCUACAUCUGCUCAGACCACAUGCUUAUUUAAUGUUUUUCCACUUAGCCGAUGGGCACUGAUAACACAAGCUAAAGUGGGAAAGGAAUCAUCUCCAAAGGUUUGUAAAGAAAGAGGUUAAGUGAGGUCUGAUCUGAUGAAAAAACUGUUUUAAAGGUUUACAAGAAUAAAACUACAAUCUGAUGGCAUGUGGGUAUGACCAUGUAAGGGUUUGUUUGUUUGUUUGUUUCCUAAAACCUUCCUUCCAAUUGAUUGUGAUCUUUUGAAGGUCUGGACAGGACAACAGAAAAGAACAUGUGUUGGUUUCAUUGUGGCUGGUAGCUGCUGGGCAUAGCUGUUCUCGCUCUGUGUAUGGUUGUCAUAAAGAUAACAAACACACACAGUGUUUUCCAUACCCCUCCAGAUGUGUU